ACCGCGUGGCAUUCUCGUUAUUUCCUUGUAAUUACCCAGGCAUUUUCAUAAUCUCUCUUCUCAUUCAGUUCACCUUCCACUUUCUCUCUCUCUCUCUCUCUCUCAAAACUUCAUCCGAUUCCACCACACGCAUCAAUAGUUGCCGGAGACGGAGAGUAGGUUGUUACUAUGGGACAACAGUCGUUGAUCUACAGUUUUGUGGCCAGAGGAACGGUUAUUCUGUCUGAAUACACGGAAUUCACCGGUAAUUUCACCACUAUUGCUGCUCAGUGUCUCCAGAAGCUUCCCGCGACCAAUAAUAAGUUCACCUACAACUGCGACGGUCACACCUUCAACUACCUUGUUGAAGAUGGAUUCACAUACUGUGUUGUUGCGGUUGAAUCCAUUGGCAGACAGGUUCCAAUUGCUUGUCUUGAGCGCAUCAAGGAUGACUUCACCAAGAAAUAUGGUGGCGGGAAAGCUGCAACUGCUACUGCCAACAGCCUGAACAAAGAAUUUGGUCCCAAGCUGAAGGAACAGAUGCAAUAUUGUGUGGAUCAUCCAGAAGAGAUCAGUAAGCUUUCGAAGGUGAAGGCUCAGGUUUCAGAAGUUAAAGGGGUGAUGAUGGAAAACAUUGAGAAGGUUCUUGACCGUGGAGAAAAGAUUGAAAUUCUGGUUGAUAAGACAGAGAACCUUCGCUCUCAGGCACAAGAUUUCAGGACACAGGGCACUCAGAUGAGAAGGAAAAUGUGGUUGCAAAAUAUGAAGAUAAAGCUUAUAGUUCUUGGCAUCAUUAUCGCCCUGAUUCUCAUUAUCGUUCUAUCAGCUUGUGGCGGCUUCAACUGUGGCAAGUGAAGCACAUUUUAUUGAAUUGAAAACACCUUGUCCUUUGUUCAUUUGUUUCUUCUUUCAUUGUUUUAUAUAAUUUUUCAUAUGUAAUUUUUUGCCUGAUUGCACUUAUCUACAUUCUACAUAAAAAAGAUUUAAAAGCUUAUAUUGAGAGACAAUGUCUGUAUAGCUUGUACUUGUAUGAAACUUUAUAUAAAUUAUGUCA